UAAGCACUUGGUUAGUUGGCCUGUGAAUCUCAGGAUUCACUUUCCAUGGGUUCAACCCUUCCCCCGUUCCGUGUUGUGUAUCAUCUGGGUACAGUGAUCUGAAGAUGUUAAGCCAGCCAGUGGCUUUGCUGGCUUGAUCCAGAGGUUAAUGGCAGGUCUUCAAAGACACCAGGAUGCUGUAAAUGUAACUGAUUGCUCGUCAUGUCUUUACUGUAAACACUUCCACGUGGAUUUAGCAAUAUCUGGGAGGCACUGUGGAGAUCCCGGAACUCUCGUCCCACCGUCAGUGGAAGCCUCAACUCUUAUUUCAUCUGCUGGACAAGGAGCUGUAGAUUGGCCACGAUGCCGCUAUUUUGUUGUGUUUCUGUUGCCUUAUGUUAUUAUCUUAUGGUGCAGACAACCAAUACUCUCAAAACAUGGCGCUUCAUAACCCAAAUCUUCAACACACAACACCUCGCUACCUUCACCCAGAACACAAGAAGAGACGCAGUGUUGGAUCAAACACAGCACAAAGCCUCCAGGACCAUCACAACCCACAAGAUGAAGGAAAAGGAAUUUCUUCCCUGGUGGGAGAGUGGUGAAUGUGACUGUGUCCACGAUGACUGUGUUCCUCGACCAUUUCCCCAUAAAACAUUUCCUCGGGUCACCUCAAGCAUCUCCAUGGUGGGCGGCACCUGUGGGCCGGGGGGUGGCCAGAGGGUGGUGUCUCUCUCACUCUACGGUCACAACCCUGAGUACUGGAGAGGACUCAACGACAUUAUCACACAGGUAGGUCGUGUGUACCCGGGGUGGAGGGUACGGCUGUAUACUGACCCCCGUGGGCGUGGCAGGAUCCUGUGCCCCCUGCUACACGCCCACGCCCACUUCGAUGUGUGUGACAUCACUCGCCUUCCCCCACCUCUGGGUGACCUGUCAGCCGUCAAUCCAAUGAUGUGGCGGGUGGCUCCCCUGGGGGAUGUUCAGGUGACUGUUCUCCAGCUACGGGAUACUGAUUCCAUGAUAAUUCAGCGUGAGGUGGAUGCCGUGAGGGACUGGCUCUCCUCUGACAAACAGUUUCACAUAAUGCGGGACCAUCCCAAACACGACUUUGCUCUCAUGGGUGGUUUGUGGGGCGUCCGCUGGGACCCGGACCCUACGGAACCAGCUGCCCGAAACCAGGAUCCGAGUGCGAUUAGUCUCGCUGGCCGGAGUCAGUAUCCGGGUUCCACAGGACUCCCUGUCGGAGACCAAGGAUCGAACUCAGCAGGAUUCGCUGACCGAAAUCAGAACAUGAACAACACAGGAUAUUCCGGCCGUUUUCUGGCAGUCUUCAGAAACAUUAUGUUGACAAAAGCAAGGGAUGAGGAGAAGCAGAUGUAUGGAGGUGAUAUAUAUAUAUUGGAAGAGAUACUGUGGCCUUUCAUGCAGUUUCGUGUGCUGACGCAUGACAGUUACUACUGCGGGGACUAUGAGAACGACACCGUGCCUUGGCCAACACAGAGGGUAGACGGUCGUUUUGCUGGCUUCCGCAGGAGUCUCAACUCUUAUUUCAUCUGCUGGACAAGGAGCUGCAGACUAGUUACAAUGCCGCUAUUUUGUUGUGUUUGUGUUGCCUUAUGUUAUUAUCUUAUGGUGCAGACAACCAAUACUCUCAAAACAUGGCGCUUCAUAACCCAAAUCUUCAACACACAACACCUCGCUACCUUCACCCAGAACACAAGAGGAGACGCAGUGUUGGAUCAAACACAGCACAACGCCUCCAGGACCAUCACAACCCACAAGAUGAAGGAAAAGGAAUUUCUUCCCUGGUGGGAGAGUGGUGAAUGUGACUGUGUCGACGAUGACUGUGUUCCGGGAUUAUUAUCCCGUAAAACAUUUCCUCGGGUGGCCUCAAGCAUCUCCAUGGUGGGCGGCACCUGUGGGCGGCGGUCAUGGGCGGCGGGGGGUGGCCAGAGGGUGGUGUCUCUCUCACUCUACGGUCACAACCCUGAGUACUGGAGAGGACUCAACGACAUUAUCACACAGGUAGGUCGUGUGUACCCGGGGUGGAGGGUACGCCUGUAUACUGACCCCCGUGGGCGUGGCAGGAUCCUGUGCCCCCUGCUACACGCCCACGCCCACUUCGAUGUGUGUGACAUCACUCGCCUUCCCCCACCUCUGGGUGACCUGUCAGCCGUCAAUCCAAUGAUGUGGCGGGUGGCUCCCCUGGGGGAUGUUCAGGUGACUGUUCUCCAGCUACGGGAUACUGAUUCCAUGAUAAUUCAGCGUGAGGUGGAUGCCGUGAGGGAUUGGCUCUCCUCUGACAAACAGUUUCACAUAAUGCGGGACCAUCCCAACCACGACUUUGCUCUCAUGGGUGGUUUGUGGGGUGUCCGCUGGGACCCGGACCCUACGGAACCAGCUGCCCGAAACCAGGAUCCGAGUCCGAUUAGUCUCGCUGGCCGGAGUCAGUAUCCGGGUUCAACAGGACUCCCUAUCGGAGACCAAGGAUCGGACCCUACAAGAUUCGCUGACAGAAAUCAAGUCACGGAUAACACAAGAUAUACCGGCCAUUUUUUGGCAGUCUUCAGAGACAUUAUGUUGACAAAAGCAAAGGAUAAGGAGAAGCAGAUGUAUGGAGGUGAUAUAUAUAUAUUGGAAGAUAAUUUAGAGAAAUGUACAAGAAAAAGUUCGAGAAUGAGAAAAUUCCGGAAGAGUGUCCAAAGAGAUGCCGACCACCAGAGCAUCCUGAGUGGCACUACUGUUGAGCACAAGAGCAUCCUGAGUGGCUCUACUGUUGAGCACCAGAGCAUCCUGAGUGGCUCUACUGUUGAGCACCAGAGCAUCCUGAGUGGCUCUACUGUUGAGCACCAGAGCAUCCUGAGUGACUCUACUACCGACCAUCAGAGCCUUCUGAGUGGCUGUACUGUUGAGCAACAGAGCAUCCUGAGUGGCACUAACGUUGACACCAGAGCUUUCCUGAGUGGCUUACUGUUGAGCACCAGAGCAUCCUGA